AUGGCCGACACGAUUUUUGGCAGUGGGACGGGCCAGUGGGUAUGCCCCAACGACCGGCAGCUGGCACUGCGUGCCAAGCUCCAGACGGGCUGGUCAGUGCACACGUUCCAGACUGAGAAGCAGAGGAAGAUGCAGGCUCUGAGCCCGCAGGAACUUGAGGUCAUUCUGGAAGUCAUCCGCAAGGCGGAGAAACUGGACAUCAUCGAGCAGCAGCGCAUUGGGCGCCUGGUGGAGCGGCUGGAGAACAUGAGAAAGAACGCGAUGGGGAACGGCCUCUCGCAGUGUCUGCUCUGCAGUGAACUGCUCGGGCUGCUGGGUAGCACGUCAGUCUUUUGUCAGGAUUGCAAAAAGAAAGUUUGCACCAAGUGCGGAAUAGAAACCUUUGGAGCCCAGAAACGUCCUCUUUGGUUGUGCAAGAUCUGCAGUGAACAGAGAGAGGUUUGGAAGAGGUCUGGUGCAUGGUUCUACAAAGGUCUGCCCAAGUAUAUCAUGCCUUUGAAGAGCAGCAGCAAAUCCAGUGAGCUGCACUCACAGCCUUGGCAAAGCGAACCAGCCAUGCCGGAGGCAGAGAACGUCGGGACCAGCCGAUCCUUCACCUGGGCCAGGGGAAAAGUGGUUUCUAGCGACAGUGAGAGCGACUCGGAGUUCAGUUCUUCCAGCCUGGAUGGCAAGCCCUUACCUGCGGGGUCAAAAUGCUCACAAGGCAGAAAGCACCAAGCAGGACUGGCACCCAUUGGGGAACCCAGCCAGGCCAUGGGCAGGGUGCUGGGGAGCACCCAUUCCCCUACCCUCUCGGGGAGCCGCAGCAGCCUGGGCAGCGAGCAGGGGGCUGCCCUCAGUGCCACAGAGAGCUGCCAGAGCGACCAGCCGGCUGAUGGGCGCGACAGCGAUGUUGGCAGCAGAGUCCCUGGCAAACGGCGCGUCCACACCAGAACGCGAUGCUGA